UUUAUCCGGGUUGCCUUCACAGCAGGCGGGUGCCUCAAGGUGUGCACAGAAUUGAAAAAGUUCGAGGCUCGCGCUACCCGGGUAAUAGCCCACUGAGUACAGGGGCAACGUUGUUACUUUGACCUAUGGCUGACAGAUAUUCAAACUAAUGAUCAUGUAUCAGUGCUCUGAGAUCAAUAAUUUCACUUCCCUCUUACGGUGAUGUGGCCAUUAACAGGCAUAUGACGUUCACAUUUCAAAGAAUUCUAAAACACCGCCUCGCUGCACGGGAGCACAUCAGUUGUGCUCAGUACCAGGAACAGUGAGGAACUCAGCUGGAAAAAUACACCGACAGGGAUGACAUCAAGCCUAGGAUGGUAUAUUUCACUUUAUUUUGCUUCUCUUUAUAUGAGAACGGCUUCUGUCACGAUAACCUGCACAGAAAAACAAUUUAAUGAACCACCACCAGAGUGGAUAAUGCCAAAUGAGAAAACCCCUUCAGAUAUAUUGGAUCUUCAAGUUCGGUUACAACAAUCGGAAGAAAGUCAGCGUUCAGUGCUUAAUAUCAGCUGGACCAUCAGCCCAGAUGGAAGCAUUCAAGAACUUAGAGCCACUAUGAUAUGCAUUCAAAGUCCUCAAACAACCUGUUUUCGAUGUGAUUACAGUGCAUUGUUUGAAUCAGCACAAAAUCCUCAAGGUCAACCAUGGCAAUUUUAUUACGCUGAAUAUCCUGUUAAGCCAGCAACCAAUUACUUUGUGACAGCAUUCAACAUCCCAACAGCAAAUAUUGGUGAAUAUCCACCAGAGAAAUCCACUAGUCUUUUCACACCAUCUUGUUCCAUUGCGACAAUGAAAAAUCAUGAAAGCUGUGAAGAUGCCCAAUGGAAUCCAAACAUAUCUUUGUGUAUGGUUAAUAACGACGUGGUUAUCAGUUUUACUGCCAGUCCAAAUUCAUUACGUUAUGAUGUUGAGCUGGUCAUGUGCGAUCUCAUUGUGACACCAAAAUUAAAUGGAACAACAAUUUCUAAGUCAAACAGAUCAAGAAUAUCUAUCACAUUUGUGAGGAAUGAUGUACUGGAUCUUUCUGAAGGAUAUUGUGCAACAAUAAGACCAUAUUUCCCUCUGUGUCAACAUAACUGCUAUGUCCAUGAAAAAGUACUCAACUGCUCCAAGAAAGAUGACUACAAGUUACCAAACACUGGAGAAAGUCUGCGUUUAUUUACAGGACGUCCAUAUUUGAUCCAUGUUUUCAUUGUACUCAGUGUGACCUUACUUGCUUUGGGAGUUGGGCUGUAUCUACUUUGUAAAUUAGGCAAAGUCAAUGAAAGAAUUGUAUUCACCAAUGAAAUACGUCUGCAAUCAGUUAAAGUUUUGAUCAUUUACUCAAUGGAGAAUGCACUCUUCCAAAAUGUUGUCCUGACAUUUGCUGAAUUUCUGCAAAGUUCCACUGGAAUCCAAGUAAUCAUUGAUAUGUGGCAAAAGAUCAACAUUGCUGAAGUAGGCACUGUUCAAUGGCUUGCCACCCAGAAGGAGAAUGCGGAUAAGAUCAUUAUUGUAUGUUCAAAAGGUGUCAAAAUGAAGUGUGAUGCCAUUUGUUGCAAAACAAACAUGAAUCCAAAUUUGAAUAAUUCAGAGGACAUAUUUUCUACUGCCUUAAAUAUAUUUUGUAGUGAUAUACAAAAUGGUUCAUAUCUGCAUAAGUACAUUAUUGUGUAUUUUGAUCAAAUAAGCUCAGUCAAAGAUAUUCCUAGUAUUUUUAGACCAUGUGUGAAGUACUGUCUUGGGAAAAAUAUCAAUAAGUUUUACAGAAAUCUAUAUGAUGCUUCACAGAAACCAUGUGGUAAAUGUGCUAUUCUGAUGCCAUACUGCAAUUACAAGAUUGAAUAUAAUCAGAAGAUGAGAAAAGCAAUUUUGGAAUUUAAGAAUUGGCAGAAUUCAAAUGCACUUGAGAUUACAUUGGAGGAUUUAGAGUUGCUACAUGAAAAUAAUUUUUAAACAAGUUGAUACAGGAUACCCUCCUCCCUCGUACUAAAUCUGAGCAGAGCAAAUCUGAACUUUAAUUCUUGGUCUGUGGUGACAUGAUCCAACUUCAAUUAUUGACUCUGUCACCUCAGUGCCUUUGGGCUAAGGAGGAAAAACAAUGUCCAUGCAUCUUGAUGGCAACUGAGCAACUUGUACCAGAAUGAUAUGUGCGAACACCAAAUGAUCAAACUUCUGGUCAUGUUUUGCUGGCAGUGAUUAUUUAGACUACACCUGUCAUCAAGGGAAUAAUUUCAUUUUCUUUAGCAUCUCUAAGUAAUUGGAAUCAGUUGACCUGAUAUCCAUGUGGUAAUUCUCUCUUGUGCCUUCUUUAAAGCUUUGACAUCCUUCCUAAAGUGCUGUGCUCAGAACUAAAUACAAUUCUCUGACUGAGGCCUGAGCAGUGUUAUAUAAUAUUUAACAUUUGUUCAAUUACAUUCAAGUGUAGUUAUCGUGUCUUUGCAUGAUAAGCUUUUGUCUAUUGUUUUUAUUGUUUUUUUUCCAAGUUAAUUGCUUUAAACUUUGACUUUAUAUGAAUUUACAAAGACUGAGAAAGAGAUCAACAAUGAUUUUUGAGAUUGAAAAUCUGUGAAAAAAUAUUUGGAUAAUGGAUUGAUAGAUGUCUUCCUCGACUUCAGGUGAGAAGUGCACUUUCAUCUACACUGAAUGAAAACAACCUUGGAGAGAGAUCCAUUAACAUAGAAUCACCAUGGUUUAGCUUAAUCACCAAGUUCUGCUCAGAUGCUAUUAACUACUUUUCUAAACAAAACUUCAAAACAAUUAUUUGACUCUGUUAUCCUUCCACAGAAGUUUCGACCAGAACAAGCAUCCACGAGCCUAAUUUAUAAGUUUUUUUCUGUGUUUCUAGAUUGCAUCCUUGUAUUCAGCCUAUCAUUUUUUUUCACUGAAUGACACUCAGCUUUGUUAUCCUUGUAAAGCAGAAAUGGACGAGUAUGAACAUAAAAUGAUUGAGGACAAAACAUAGUGAGGAAUUAUCUAGCUUUUAAAAACAAACAAAUAAUGUAAUCUGAUAUAAUGUAUCACCUUCUGCCGUCAAUGAGUCAUGCACCAGUGUUGCCGGUUUUUCACUAAAUCGAUUCUAAUUCCAGGCAAUUGUCCUUAUUGAGUUCAACGGGUUAGCAUAUUUUCUAAAAAUCUUUUGAAAUACACAGAUUUCUACAUUGAGGUCCAGAGAUUUUGGAAGCUGAUAACUCUUUUUAAGAAGGCAGUUUAACAAACAGUAUUUAAAGAUACACUUUAAAUGCAACUUAUCAUCACCUUUCUUUCUGCAAUUUAACCAUUAAUCAGAUAAGUUUUGUAAAUCACAGAAAAUGAGGGAAAAAACAAGUAAUGAGGAGGCUCAGAACUACCACGGGACAGAAAGUAUAUGUCAGUCAGUCCUUGUGAAAAGUCAUCAGCCUUAAAGAUUGGCUCAAAUCUUCAGGUAUUUGUAGUAUUGGAGAUGGGACUCAUUGGGAGAUGUGUAUUAGGACCCUGUGGAACACCUUGUGCACACACGUCUAUUGAAACUGCUUGGGAAGUUCAAACUUCCAAUGGGUUGCUUUCUGUUGUGUGAAACAUUACUCAAAUGUCUCUGAUACAGGGGAUAGUUACAAGAGACUUAUAUUUGCACAGGAAAUGUUAUGCUGUUUAAUACCUCAUCUAACUUGGGGAUUAGCCAGAUUAAUCCUGUUUUUGUCUGUCUUCUGCCACUCGAAUAUCUGCUCUGGUAAAGUCAGUGUUGACCAUUAUUGACUUCAGUUGAGAUUAUAAGCUCUGUCUGCAAUUUUUGCCAAUUUAUUUAAGGGAGGAUAUAAUUGCACUGGAUGGAAUACAGUGAAGGUUCAUUAGGUUGAUUCCUGGAAAGGAGGGGUUGUUUUCUGAGGAAACGUUAAGCAUAUGGGACUGAUAUUGGGCCAUAUCGUUUCCAUACUUACAGAAAGUGUUUUACAACCAACCACACAUACAGGUUAAUUCCUUAGAUCCUUGAUCAAAUUAAAAUGAUCUAUUAUUGAACAAUAACUAAAUCUUGCUGAUGAUUAUACAAUGCUCAGGAAUAUUUGUGAUUCUUCAGACUCUGAGGCAGCUUGUUUUAAUAUGCAGUGGGUCCUGAGUAACAUUCAUGCUUGGGCUGGUAAGUUGAAGUAAAUAGCAUGUCACAAAAGUGCCUGACACCACACCGAUCAUCUGAAAUUUGGGACACCAUGAAGCCUCAACAUGGGUAAGGAAAAUCUCCUACUGAUUAUACUCCCCUUUGCAAGGGUACAGAAUGUACUCUAGAUGGAAGAUUUCAAUGUCCAUCACCAAGAGUAGUCGG